AUCACUCCAAAAGUGAAGUUCAGUCUAGUGUGUAUGUUCUUAUCUAUAGUCUUAUCGCUAGAGUGACCGAACAAGGUACCUGAGCAGAGCCGGAGCAUCUUCCUCUGUGUCAUCGGAAUGGCCGUUUCCUUCGCCGUCAACCGCCCUCUCCUCCCUUCACCACUCGCUCCCUCCCAACCCAAGCUCAAAUUCCCUUCACGCUCCUUCGCCAUUCGAUGCUCUUCUUCCCCUUUCACCGACAAAACCCUCAUUUCGCUCCAACCCACCACAGUUUCAAACCCCAAUAACCCUUUCGUUUGCCAUGCUCGUCGUGCUCGUGCCCCCUUUGGAGGACAGGAGACCAACCAACAAUAUGUAGAGGCCUAUGCUGUAGGGCGACAUAUUCGUACGUCUGCUGACAAAGCUCGAAGGGUAAUUGAUCAGAUUCGUGGGCGUCCAUACGAGGAAACACUCAUGAUAUUAGAACUCAUGCCUUACCGAGCCUGUGAACCCAUUCUGAAAAUAGUGUUUUCAGCAGGAGCAAAUGCCAGCAACAAUUUGGGUUUGAGCAAGUCAAGUUUAGUUAUUAGUAAAGCAGAGGUUAAUGAGGGGAAAACUAUGAAAAGGAUGAGACCCCGAGCUCAAGGGAGGGCUUAUCAGAUUAAGAAGCGCUCUUGUCACAUCGCCAUCACAGUAAAAGGUGUACCUAGUGACACUGCUGUGGAAGCAAAAGCUGCUUAAGCCGAUUUUGGAAAAAAAAAGUAUGAAUCUCCUUCAGCCAUUACAUUUGAUGAAAAUGUCUGCAGUUUGAUAUUUUGUAGUUCAUUCUAUACAGUGACUUUAUUAACAAUCUUGAGUAUUUUGUGUUGUUACAAGUGUAUGUGUAUCUAAGAAUUGUUUGAAUA